UAUCAAGAAGACAGAGAAGUUGCUCCCGUAUAAAUACGUGGACAUUCAUACUUUCACGACUAUCUUUCAUUCUCUAAUCUUCUCGCGUGCUUUCGAGGACAGCGAAAAUUUGUAAAGGCAUUAUUUGGAAUUUUGCACACAGCAGAUUCGGAUUGGAACACGCAAAGUUAUUUAAUAAAGGUACGUACUAGACAAGUGUACCUAGACCUACUCGAGCAGCUCGACUAUUUUCUUACACAUAUGUUUUAAUAAGACAAAGAGUAAACCCGUCAUAAUAUUUUUGCUAGUACUCUUAAGGACUCGGAUUGGUAAAAAUGACGGCUGAUGACAAGAAGACGGAGGAUGUCGAAAUGAAGGACACCACGGCGCCUCCGAAGGUACCGUUUUUGAGUCUUUUCUAUGAUGUUUCAGACAGUUUAAGACUCUGAGUCAGAACCAAGAUCUAGAUAUUGUUUCGUCACUGCAUACUCUCCAUGAAUGCAGGGGCACGCCUCUGGCACAACAUCAUCAUCUCUCUUUUUCCUCGUACUAAAUGUAAAUAUUUGUGUUACGUCCAACCUACCAGUACUCAUUUGAUUGUGUUCAGCCUGAGGAGCCAGAAGAAAAAGAGGGCGACGCGGUUGCCGACAAGCGCGCGCGCGUGGAUGGGGACUCUGUCGGCUUUUCCAUCGCUGGGGCCAGCAUUGGUGCUUGUAUUUUUUCAGGCGGAGGUGCAUCGAACAACAUCCUCAACGUGCGCCAGGAGGCUGCGACGUUGAUCAACGGAACCAAGCUCUCGGUUGGCUUGAAAAGUGGCCGAUAUUUGACGGAAUUUCGAUGCCUGGACCGCUUCGACAAGUGCAAAAUUGGUGUCACAACAAAGGACACCCCAGUUGUGAUGGAAGUAGCGGUGGCGGGAGGCACCACAGGCGGCGUCGUGACGCAGAAAAAGACCGAGGAAGCGGAGGAAGAGGCGCCGAAGCCUCUGGCCACGAGAGUGGCAUUCGAUCCUUCCGGAUAUGACAUCGUCUAUGGCACCGAAAUCCGGAAGCGACCAGCAAAAUACGCAACCGCAAAGAAGGGAGACAUCCUCGGCCUGUUGCUCAAUUUGGACUCGAAACUGGAAAACAAGGGCACUAUUUCACUGUACUACUCAAAGGGUUCGUGAUAAAGGAAACUAGUGAUAAGAGUUUUCUCCAGCAUAACAGUAACACUUGUAUCUAUGAAGAUGUGAAGUCGAUGCCUAACUGUCUUGGUUGACGAAAAUGUCACGUAGUAUGAUAAAAGUGGAUCUGUUCAUCCUCUUCAGGAUGAUAAUCUUUUGUAGUUCUUACGGCACAAUGAAGCUUUGGUGGGGCGAGUCGCUAAUCCUUUUGGUUUACAACAGGUUUGUGAACGGUGUUCGUUGCUCGGAACCAGUUGAGUUGCCAGCGAUCGAAGGUGCAGUUUGGUACCCCACCUUGUCAGCGAGGGGCACGUGCGCAUUUGCGGUGAACGUUGUGAAGGAGGCGUGGAAGCCUCUCCCGUUUGUGUGCCGUACCGUUGCGGAUGCGAGUAAGGCUGAUGCCGCUCUUCCCGCGAAGAGCGCAAACGAUUUCACUGGAGAGGCCAUUGUGCUCUGUGGCGCAGACCCAUCGGGAGACUGCGCAGAGAAGUAUGCGGCAACCAAGCCAGACCAUGUCUUGCUAUCGACAAAAGCGCUGAACGAAAUGGCAAAGGACUCAGGUACAACCAACUAUGUGCUUGUUCUUCAACUUGAUAAUUUACAAUUAAAUUUUACUGCUGAUGCACGCUCGUCGUCGUUUUUUUAUACACACUGCCGACACUGUAACUAUGAGAUUACGUCUUCUCUUUCUGAAAAUAUGUUCUUCCUUUGCAACGCAAACGUAAACUUUCAGGAGCUGCGUUCAACCGUGAGAGCCAGACUUACAAUGUCGAUAUGGUCGACAGCGUCCGGGGAGGUCCAAUACUCGCGUCGAUCGCGAGCGUCACUCCCAGGAAGUGCUUGUUUAGCUUGAAUAGUGGGAUGACGGAGACAGAACGAGCGGGUGUUCUGAAGAACUUCGUCGGAGGUAGUGUCAAAGCAGUUGUCCUCGGAACCUCGUUUGAGGAACGCGUCGAUGGCCAGAGCUACUACCCGGAACAUAUCAGUUCGGGGAAGAACGUACUUAUAAUAUAGAUACUUUUAGUUUUACACGUCCUAGUGGUAGUCUGAGGUAUAUCUAGAUUUAUAUGAUCAGUUUGUGUGUGCUCGUGCUGUCUUUGUUGUUACUUCUUCUAUUUAUUUUGAAGAUGAAUAAAACAGCAUGUUCGUUUUCCCUCUGAAUCUUAGGCUUCUCCCUUCAAUAGAACGUUCUAAUUAGAGUAUCUUCAUCAAUAUGACCAACAGGAUUUUUGAUACCACUUUCUUAGUUCGCAGAGGGGCGGUCUGACGCUCUCCACCUAGAAAAUUGACUACUCUUAACCUAGAUAUCAUUGCCAUCCAAGUCGGAGGGCUUUGAUUCAGUGGAGUUUUUUGGUGCGACAGAGGCUGCAACCAAGAAAAAGUUCGAGGGUUUCAAGGAAAGGAUGGAGAUGCGUUCCAAACUCGAGACUUUGCAAACGGGAGACUUCUACAGGAAAUUUACGAUGCUUUAUAGACCAAAAAAGUGUUGUAGUUUGAAGGUUAACUCUAGAAAGAAGUAUCUAUACAUCAUUCAGGAGUAUGCACCAUCCACCAGCACCAGAUAAUCUUUUUUGCAAUAUCGGCUUGCAUAUGCAUGAUAGGCCUCUUGAUUCUACUUUGUGUGUCCCCUGGCUGUUCUUCUUUCAUAUUGCACGUCGAGGAAUACGAAAAGGUUCGCACGCUCAUGCAUAGAGCUACAGCACCAAAGAAGGACGAUAAAAAGGACCCGGUCGAUCCAACUAGUGUCGACCCUAUGGAUGUUGACAAGAAGCCGUCAGAGAAGAAGAAAGACGCAGAAGGUGAAGCAAAUGCCGACGAGGCAGCAGAGAAGGAGGAAAAGAAGGGUAUUCAGGAUAACGAUUUAACAUUCCUUACUUCUGAAUACGUCUGGUUUAUUGCCUAACUGACUUGAAUUUACUGUGAGAACCAACCUAGUCUGCUGCCUUCUAAAUGAUUUGUAGAUCUUCGAGAUAUACGAGAAAGACGGUCUUCUUCCUUGUCAUGAUCAAUUAUAGAUCUCCCUGUCAUGGAGUCUUUUAGUGAAGAGGACUGGAUGCUUGCACUGUUACGAGCAGAAUUGCACGGUCUCUUACACGCAUUCGAAAAAGAUGCGGGAGGGCGAAAAGGCUUCGUUCCAUCACUGCUGAACCAUUACUACAAAUUGUACUAUUUUUUGUCUCUGUCGUGUUUUGGAAUCCGAUUAAUUAUGCUUGUGGCUUGUUUCGAAUUCGUAUUUAGUUGAUGUUCAAGUGCGGCCUCAAUGACGUGUCACUUGUUCGUCAAGACAGUGCUUUCAGUUUGUUACCAAAAGGAGUCUUGAAUGAGUGGUAGAAGUGUUCAUGAUCUUUUCGUUGUUCAUUGUUCCACAUCCUACCUACUCGGCCAAUCAUCGCAGGUAUAGCGGAAAGAUGUUCUAUCACACUGUUUAUGGUGUGAGCAAGAUUGAGCAGAUAGUAGAUCUUGUCCCGGAGGUGUGUGAGAUCAAGGACGCCCUUCUGGUGAGCAAGUUGCCGGAUGCCUACGCCCCAGAAGACUUGGUUGCCCUCACAGAGCAAGCACGCUUGGCGCGUAAAGAUCGAAUCGAUGCGGGAGACGACACUGCCGCAUUGAAAUUUGUGGCCGACACAAGCGCGGGAAAGGGCAAGAAGCAAACACCGUAUGCGCAGUACGGCGCAUCUCAGAAGGGCAUGCAAAUGCAAGGGAAAGGCGGAAAAGGACCACAACAGUACAAUUCUGAGACAUUCUUGUUUCACGAGACGUAGCAGUUUGUUAUGAAAACGGAAGAGUUGAUUCAUGUUUAUGUAUCGUGUUUUUUGUUCCUCAGUGAGUUAUUCCACAAAGUACUUCUAUGUGUUUUGUCGCAAUCAACAUAAGUACAUCGUAAACUACUUAUCCACGACAACUCCACAGGUACGGAGGACAUGGGUACCAGUCUGGGUAUCAGCGUGCACAGCCGUACGGUCAGCAAAACUACAACCAGAAUUACCAUCAGGGAGGUGGCUACAACCGAUACAACCAAUACAAUCAGCAGAGCUACGGCAACGGCUACUCCCAGAAAACCUACAACCAAAACUACAACAACUACAACCAACAAUCCCGUACACGCUACUGAGUAUGAUUGCUUGUUACUUCUGGACUUGGACUUCUACGCCGCAUCACUUUUGUUGCGAAUCUGUAGCACGGGCUCUAUUUCGAGUCUGGCUUUUUACGUGUAUCUGAUACUAUCAUAACAAUGCUUGUUCUAGCACUAGCGCCAUGGCUCCUUUAAUAGGAUUCAUUCGUAAAAUAAUAUUUCCUCCGACCGUAUUUCAGUUGAAAAUUUCAACAAAAACAAUGAAGAAUGAGAUUGUAGCAAAAUAUACGCCCAUGACAUGGAUUACAUCGAUCAUGUGAUCGGACGAGCUAGUUUGGGCGCAACCUGUUUGUAUGAGAAUACUGUUGGUGAAUCGUAGCGCUCGGUAGUUCGUGGUACACGAUUUUAUCUAGUUUUCAAAGUUCUCAAGGUGGUUUGCAACGAGGUUCUCAAGGUGAGCAACAAGGAGUCCGUGAGCAACAACAUCAAGGAAGCAUCCAGCUGCAUGAGCAAGGAACUCCUCCAAAAGUACUAUGUUGGAAGAAAUGAAUCCUCCUGUACAUACGAUCAGGGCAACUGACCAUGACUUGUACAUACGAGGAAGCUCUCUUGUAAUGAGGGUUUUCCGCGGAGCCUGAAAAUGACAUAUGUACCACAUGAUGCCGGAACAUGAUCCAUAGAAGGGAGGUGAAAUAUACGCACGCAGAUAACCAGGAUUGCAUGUCUGCUUGUCUUAACAGCUACCUCCCAAAAUCAGUUCAGGUUUUCAGAUCAGAAUAUUAUCGUUUACGGCAGCAUCAUGAUGGAUGCGUAUUUCUCUCAGAUCAUCCACAAUAUAUCUCGACUUGCCGCUUACAGACGUUUACGCGAUCACAGCUUGUCAUGACUCCCCAUUAUCCCACGACCCCAAUGAACUGACCUUGAUUUUCUGAAUCCUUUCUCUCUUUCUAUCACCAGGGUAUCAUUCGCUCCUCCACCUCCCAUCAUGGAGAGCACUGGAGAGACCACGUCUGCCACUG